AUGUGGUACUACCACAGAAAUGAAUACGCAUGGCAUUUGCAGUAUGUCAAACCUACUCGUCCCGCAUUAAACGCCUCAGUACCGUAUGACUAUUUCUUCACUGAAGUCAAGCCAGAGGAAAAGAUUCCACAUCCGCGUUCUUCGAUACACGUACGCCACUUCAUGCUGAAUGGAAAAUACAUGGAUGCAGUAGAACCAACGGUACUUUUCGUCAAUGACACAUUGGUUGAAGGCCUAUGUUAUUCUUUUGGAAUAAAACUCUGUGGCGAUCUAUGCAGGGAAUAUAAUCAAACUAACAUUCAUGUCAACUUAUUCAAUUUCGAAAACUAUGAUUGGUUAUGGGAUAGUCGCUGUAUGGAAAAACAAAUAGAGCAUUACAAAAAUGUCGCAGAUCUUUUUAACAAAAGAUUUUUUUAUGUGGACUCAAGUGAGGAAGUAUGCCGAACUAUAGCAGCCCUUAGA